CAGUGUUUACUUCUCUGCUUUCAGCCUUUGGUGGAUUCGAGUGGUGGUAAAACCACACGUGGCAGGGUGUCUUCAACUACUUACUGCAUUCUGCUUUCAGCCUUCGUUGAAAAAAUAAAAUUGUUUGGACUAAAUGCGCCUGAGCUGAGCGACUCGCGAGACACGCUGAAACUCCUAUCCAGAUACGUGCGCAUCUGUACUGUUGAAAAGGGCCCGGCCGUAGAUCUACUGGGCCGUAGCGAGGUUGUCGUGCGGUUUCUAACCUGCCCAAACCGUCGAGGCAACUCAGAUCUCCGCAGGUCAGGCAGCAGUAAAGAGUGCCAGUGAUCACGCCACGGUGUGAGAGAAGCAGGAAUCCUCCAAUGGCAUCCCAGGAUCCAUCAUGUCACGACCAUCGAAUUCUUCAUGACGCUGCCGACAUCCUCCGCCAGACUGAUGGUGUCAACGAAGCAGCAGCGCAUGAUAUAACGCUGCGUAUGGUCGUCGCUAACGGAGUAAACGCAGACAACUGUAGCAGAGACUACACGGCAGUUUUACUAUUUCUGCGAAAAUUAGUGAGCAAUGGACGCGUAGCGGCGGUGCAGCAGGUUUUGAAAACUUUGCACGCAUUUCAGAGGAAACAGGCUGGCCAAGAAUCCCCAACUGAGCCAUGGACGUCCUCGGCCAGCCCCGCCAGUGAUGCAGCUGCGAGGAGAAGCGGCUACAGCACGGAGUCUCAUGACACACUGAUGGUGUGUGCCAAAGUCGGAGGCAGAGGUCGCAAUGAAUUUGUUCUGGAGUUGCAGAAUGCUAGACUCAUUACUAGUUUGCCAGGCUUGCUGCCAGUCUCUCAGUCAUCAGAUCAGAAGGCUGAGGAGGUAGUGACGUCGUAUGCUCCACCAGAUAUCACCGAACUUGUGAACAUGGAAUGUGGCGGCAAUAAUUUGCUCCGAUUGAAUUUGCUGCACUGUGCCAUCUUUACUGGAAAUGAGGAGAUGGUUCAGUGCCUGUUGACAAGGGGAGCUGAUGCAACAUUGGAUUUGAAGUGUCUUGGUAAUCCAUGCAGUCACCGUGGCACCUUCAAUGUACAUUUGAAGCAAAGUCCAAUCUAUGUAGCAGCAAAGCUGAAGCAUGCCGGCAUAGUGCGGUGUCUUGUAGCACACGGUGCAUCGCCUUAUCAGGGUGCCAGGGGUGAUCAUGACUGCCGCGCUACUCUACACCGUUCAACAUACGCCCAGUGUAGCGAUGAUCACGUCACUUGCGAAGCAUUAUGUCUGAACCCUGCGUACCCUCCACCAGUCACCGAGGUGUGCAAGAUGCGAGAAGCAGGUCACGUGGAGAGCGCCACACGUGUACUGCCCUACUGUCGGUGGGAUGCAGCAUGCUGCACGUCAGGCUUUGAACAUUUGCUUCUGCGAGUCCCAUGCCCGUUUCGGAGUUCAGUGCUGGGUAUAGCAUGCCUAACAGAAGCGGAACGGGUAUGCAAGAAGUUUUGUUGCACACUGCUUUUGGAAAGAUACUGCUUGAUCCUCAGCAAUGGCCGUGACCACGGUAGUGAAGAACAAAUUGAGAAGCUCACCGCUAUUGUACAAAAUCUCCUGCAGGAGGGCGCAGAGCCAGCUGGUUUGCCAGUCGCCAACGCAGACGCACUGUGCAAGGCGUGGAUUGGAUUGGAGAAUGCCGAGGCUGAAGUACGCGGGAUGGAUGCAGACAGAUCUCAGUCCUUUGUUGCCCAGGAUGCUCGUUAUUGGAAUUUUCUUGCACCAUGUAAGACAGAACAGACGUGGCGACAAGCAUGGAAGAUGCUUCCUUCGGCUUUUGUGUGUUCACUACCGGUAAGAUCAAAUGGUACGCCGCCAGUUGUAGGCAGGCUUCAACUGGCAAAGUCGGUGGAGGAUCCAGUCGUGCAGCUGCUUGUGAAACACGGUGGUCUUCCUGGUCUAUCUACCGCUGAAGAGAUUCCUCUUAUCAAUAGAUAUCUUCAUGAUGGUCCGUCUUGUCAGUGUGACGUGACACUAUCUGAGGAUCAGCGGAAAGUCAGUUUGUCCGAUGUGCUCCAGCCUACGCCCAAGCCAAAGUCUCUUGUUCGGUUGUGCCGCUCGGUUAUCAUUGAAGCAUGUCACGGGCAUGGUGUAGUGAAGGCCAUUCAAAGUCUGGAUCUUCCGCCUGCGCUUCUGAAUAUCAUUUUGUUCAAAUGAUUUGCUUGCCUCGUUAGCACUUUCGAGUCUGCGGCUGAUGAGUAGAUCCCGAUCGCACAACCGCUCCACCCAUCGGCCUGUCAUUGCUGGCGCAUGUAAGUGACAAAGACAGUUGCCACAUUGUAUUCCAAUGUGUGGUGUAUACAUUACCAGUAACUGGUUAGUUUUCAGCUUUAUUUUAAAAAUGCUAAGUUCAGGGAUGAAUUAAAUAUUUACUGUCACGUUUUUGCAUAGCAGUUUUUGCUAUGCAAAAUCUAAUUUGUGGCGUAAGCUACAAACAGCAUGGAUCGCCUGUACAUGUAUGUAUGGCAGUUUUCUGCGUGUCACUGUGAUUUUUUGUGUAGCAGUAGAUUGGUUUUGCGUAGCAAACUGAGAUGCAGGAUAAAUUCAUCCCUGAAGUUGCUGAAUAUUACAUGCCUAUAAAUGUGCAAGGAGGAAAACUUCGUCCUGCCAGCGGAGAGGGCUCAACACAAUAAUAGUCGCCUGAUGAUUGCAUUGAGCAAGAAACUCUGAGUUGCGACAAAUCUGUAAAACUCCGUUGUGCCGGCUUUUGUGUGCCUGUGAAUGUAUGUACUUCACUGUCCCCGGGGAAAAUCGCGAUUCCGCGGCCACGUUUUUUCCCCUCGUUUUUUUUGCGAUUUUUAUAAGAUCAUGUUUUCCGCGUUUUUUGAACUUUUUUGUUGCACUACACGUACACACAGUGCACUUUUCGGUUAGCAACGUCUCAUCGUGGCGGCUUUGUACUCAAAUAUGACGAGUGCUUACACCAGAGACUUGUAACUGAUUGAUUUCACUACAUAGUCACUGAAAAUUGCCUCGUAUCAACUGCAAACUUGCCGCAUAUCAAUAAUAUUUACCGCAUAUUUACCGCAAAUUCAACGCAAAUUAUGCCAUAUUU